AUGGAAGGAGAUAAAAGUAGAGCGUUUCUAAAUGAACAGCUCGAAUCCAGAGAUGCGAAAAUAGGGGUGUUGGAGUUGCAAUUGAGCAAAGGAAAGGCCGUAAUAGAAGAAUCUGAGAAAGAAAAAGGAAAACUGAUUUUAGAUUGGAUGCAAAGCAGCUCUGAAUUGGAAGCAUUGAAAGCCGACUUCAACGGCUAUCAAGAGAAUGUCGAGGACAAAUUCUUACAUGCUCAAACAGAGUUGUUGGACCGAAUUGAGAAGUAUGAUGAGUUAAACAAGAAAUACGUGAUGAGAGAAAGUCACCUAGCUGAAUUACAAGAGUUCAGAAGAAAGGGGAAUGAAGAGGAGAUUUCUUUUUUUAUUAUUUUUCCUGUUGAUGAGCUUAUUGAAAAGGCUGAUGGCUUUGCUGGUGUCUUCCCUGAGCAUAAGUAUGAGAUUGUGAAGAGGCUGGAAGCUAGGAAGCAUGUCUGCGGGAUGACUGGAGAUGGAGUAAAGGACGCGCCUGCUCUGAAGAAGGAAGACAUCGGAAUUGCAGUGGCCAAGGCUACUGAUGCAGCCCGUGGUGCAUCCGACAUUGUCCUGACAGAGCCAGGAUUGACUGUGAUAGUGAGUGCUGUGUUAAUAAGCAGAGCCAUUUUCCAGAGAAUGAAGAAUUACACCAUCUAUGCAGUGUCUAUAACCAUCCGUAUUGUGCUGGGUUUUCUGCUCCUUGCUCUAAUUUGGAAAUUUGACUUUUCUCCUUUCAUGGUUUUGAUCAUUGCCAUACUUAAUGAUGGGACAAUCAUGACUAUUUCCAAAGACAGAGUGAAACCAUCUCCACUUCCUGAUUCCUGGAUGCAUAAGGAGAUCUUAGCUACUGGUGUCAUUCUAGGCACCUACUUAGCUUUAAUGACUGUUGUAUUCUUCUGGAAUGUUCACAGUUCUGACUUCUUCUCUGGUAAAUUUGGUGUUAGGUCAAUCAGGAACAACCAUAAUUACCAGCAUGCAUCAGCUGUAUACCUACAAGUGAGUAUUGUGAGUCAGGCACCAUUCAUGGAAUGCAUCCUCCUGAAGGCUCGGAACUCUUCCAUGAUAAGAGCAACUACGGAGAGUAAUCUGAUAUUGCUGAAUAGGCGAAGAUGCGCGCUGAGACUGAGGGAGCUUCACACACUCAAGGGUCAUGUGGAAUCAUUGGUGGAACUCAAGGGACUUGACAUUGAGACAGUUCAACAACACUACACUGUUUGA